AUGCUGGAAUUUGUGAAUGAGCUUUUCGUUAAUGCUGCCCCAAAUACGACUGCUUGGUGUGAAACUCUUGAGUCAUUUUUGGGAAAUUGGAGAUAUAAGUUGGCUGCUCGAGAUAGUUUGUGUUGUCGCUUUGGAAAUGCAAUGCAAUGGUAUGCAACUUUGAUUGACUGCAAAAAUCUUCGCAUUCAAGACUAUUUGGAUCAAGUAAGACUAUCACUUACACAACCUUCUGAUGAUAAUGAGGAUGUAGAAAUGGAAAGUGCUGAUGAUUUUGAAAACCAAUCCCAUUCUGCAUCACCAGAACCUAAACAGCUUGAAAGGCCAAGUGAGUAUUUGCGUGCAAGAUGCCCCUUGUGUUUUGGUGGUGAAGACUGGAGCAAACCAGAAGAAAAGGUUGAUAUAAUUGCUUGCUUGGAUGUGUGCUUCAAGCAGAAGUGCUGUAAGGCUCAGGUCAAAGACCCAAAAAAAUCAACACGCAAAGCUCCAGCAAAACCUGAGUCUCCUGAUCUAUGUGAACCUGGAAUUAAAGUUCCCAAUUCUAUUCUAAAUCUAUGUGGGGAUUCUUUUAAAGCAGCAGAUGACAAACGGGUGAAAGCUAGCACUCAAUACUUUUCAGACACUGGUCUGAUGGCUUUGCUCUGUCGACAUGAUCAUGUACUAUGGCUGGCCAAUAUGACCUCUGCUGGGGAAAAACAACACUAUGCUUUAGUUCUGCUGGAUAGAUUAUUUGAUCAUUUGCCUUCUACUGCACGUGUUGGAAUACUCUAUAUAAUAUUGGUUGUCAACUUCAUCACAGCUGCAUGA